AAAAAAAUUAAAAAAAACAGAUUGAAAUGAAAAUGUUGAAACUCUUUCGAGGACGAGUUGGAUCUUUCAAUAUCGUUAAAAUGUGAUUAUCAUAAUUGUAACUGGAGCAUGUUUUUUCUCUUUCUCUCUCUUUUUCUCUUUCUUUUUAUUUGUACUUUUCUCAACGACUGUACGUAGUAAAGAAUUUCGUUUGAAAUUCCAGCGAGUCGGGUUUCUCGGGUAGAUGUAAGAAAAACGAAGCAACGGGUUUCUUUCUUUCUCCUUCUCUUUCUAUUUGUUUUGUUUAUUUAUUCUCUUUUUCUUUUUCUCUUUAAACGAGAGAAUCCGAAAGUAUUUUAUCUCUUGUCACAUAUGUAGAUCGAAGGCACACAACACCGAGCGUGACACUCGUGUUAAGCAUGUACGCUUUCUGUGGCGGUGGAAUGGCUUCUCGAAUUACUCAUAGUCGCAAUAGCAUUAACGUUGGUUCUAUCCAGCUUUAGCUUCUGUCUAUUCACUCGCGUCAGUCUAGACGAGUUCUACGAAACGACGAGUGCGGUGUGUGUCUUUUCGUUCUCCACAGUAGUAGUCAAAUCUCUCAAUCGUCUCGUUUUACUACAUUCUCCUAUCUCGCGUUGACUGCUAACAACUACGAUGCAACAUAGUUGCAAACGUUCGCAUAUUUAAGAAAGGAAGAAUUUAACAAACAUAAAGAAGAGAACUUACGAAAAGGGGUGAUUUGAAUUUCACUUUGGUGAUGCUUUCGGAUUAAAACGUAGAAGAAUAAGAAAAAAAGAAAAAAAAAGAAGUCGUUGAAAGAAAAAGGACGAGAGAAAUCGUGAGGAGGUCGUUGAUAUUCAAAGAAUUGAAAGAAAGAGUGUGAGAAGGAGUGAGAGAAAGAAAGAAAAGGGGUAGAAAAUGACGAUCGAAGGGUAGAAAUUUAGCGAGGGACAAAGAUACAGGGCGAGGGUGAGUCGAGAGGAUCGGAGGGAGAGAGAAGAGAACCAGGAGCUGAAAGUAGGUACUUCGAAAUAUCGACCGGUUGCCUGGACCACUCUCCGAGUCCGUACUAUACACCACUGUUUCCACUUCCUAGCGUUUUCCUCGUUCACGAGUGGUAAAAAGGCUGUGUACUGGAUGCUGCUUCUAACUGCUGUUGCUCAUCGAAAAAUCUACUGUCCUUUUUAAGCUUUUUUUUUCUUUCUUUUUCUGAGAAAUAAAAUACAGAACUAUAUGAACAUUUUCAAAGAACGAAAACAACAAAAAACACAUGCAUAAAAUAAUGACAUUUUUAUAAUAGAUCAGAUGAUUUUUACGUAACAUUACAUCACCGAUGAAAUUAUAAAGUAUAUAUUUCUUUUUUUUUUGUAUAUACAGACACACGUCUCGUUAAAAUAAAACAAAAAAAGAAAAAGAAGAAAAACUUAGUGCUAAAGGUUAAUGCUUUUAUUAAUACGUGACACGCCUGUGCACUUUAAAAAAAAAGUCUUCUUUAUAUGUCUCUUCUAUAUCUAUUGCGAUAGCCAUCGAGUAAAAAGUGUCUGUGUCGAGUGUACGAGCUCGUGCGGAACACAAUAAGGUCUGCGCCUCAACCCCUGAAAUGCCACGGGGACAAAGGGUGGUUAAGCCCUUCUCUGCUCGAAGAUGCACACCAUACGACGUCGAGACUUUGUGGCCUUAAGUAGACGCGUCGAAAGUACGUUGCAGUUGUACUUGCGUCGAUUAUAUCGAUAAACGGAUUUUCAAAAAAAUAGAACAAAAAGGGAUUUUAGUGAGAGAAGAGGAACAAACAGAAGAACAAGAGAACAAAACUGGAACGAGACAAUUAAAAUACGCGGAUAAAAAUUCAUUCUUUAAUACGUGACAAUAACAAACAAAAGUAACAGUGAAGUGUCGUAUCUUUCGUUAUAAUCGUUUUAUUUUUGUUUCUUUUUAAAAAAAAAAACAUUGUAAUCAUGGAAGUUGAAAUUGUUCCUCUGGUAGAAAACAAUACGGUCAAUGGAACGAAUUCGGUGCAGACAGUUAACAGUAGAAUACAAAUGAUCAAGAAAAAACGAACGUCGCUGUUCAUCAUCAUGAGCUUCAUCUACGCUAAAUUAUUGGUCGUUGUGUGUAUCGCUUACGUCAUAAGCGAAGUUGUAACACACAAAUUACCGCUCUACUAUUACGAAGGAUUUUUCACGUAUUUGUAUGGUGCAAGCAUACUCUUCCUACUUUACGUAUUCUGCUUCCUUCUACAAGAAAGCGCCUGCUGUGCGCGCGGCAGUGAUACACCGCCACCACCACCUAGGCCACAAAAACCACCCAAGGAGCAGAAGGAUAAAAAGGACAAGAAGGAUAAGGAACAAAAGGCUGCCAAAAACAAGAAAGAUUUUCAGGAUGCAGCAGACGUGGAAGCUGGCGUUGCAACGCGUGCUUUACGUAAACGAAAAACUUCGCAGAAUGAUCACAGUCAUGGAAGCUUUUUCCUACGAAUCGGUGCCAUAGCAUUCGGUUUGGGCACGAUGAUUUAUAACGGAUUGGAAUUCGGAGCAUUUUUCGAAGUACCACCUACCUCGCCCUGUUAUCAAAUACUUCAGGGUGUUAAUCCAGUUCUACAAAUGAUUUUCACGUUCAUGCAAAUGUACUUUAUCUUCAUGAAUUCCAGGUUGAACAUUCAUCGAUUCAAAGUAAUUGCACGAUUCGGUUUGAUGCACGUGGUAGCGACGAAUCUUUGCGUUUGGAUUCGUACUUUGGUACUCGAAAGUCUUAAAGAGAUAACGCAAUAUCAUCAACGAUUGGGACAAGAGGAAGCUGGAAUUUUAGAGAGUAUCAAACAACACUCGUUAAGAAACGCUGGAGCAAUCUUAGGUACGCAGCCUAGGGAUAUGGCCCAGUUACGAGAAUCCCCAUUGCAUUCGUUUGUAAAAACAACGUCGGUAGCUUCGACCUUGAUUCCGACAACAGCAGAAUCUCUAACUCGAGCUAUGAGAACCACUGUCAAAGCAAUCCCAAGAGUAGCGCAUACUUUAUCAACAGCAGCUUCUACGGCCUUCAUGACAUCACCUAGUACAACACAGAGUACAACCACCACCACUACAACCACUACGUUCUUGCCCAAUUUGACGACUACAGCUGCUACCACGUUAUCCACUUUGUUGACCACUCUGACUACAAGGAGCACUACUACAGAAAGAACGACUACCCCAAGUACCACGCCAUCGACUACAACACCGACUACCACCACUACGACUACAACAACGACCACAACCCCAGCUUCCAUUUUAUCAAACGCUUUUGGUGAUUUCUUUGAUUCAUUUCAAGCCGAUACUAAAGAUCAGGUACAUGAAGUAUUUUACGUGAACAAUGCGACAAACAGUAGUGAUUACUGGGGCCAGAAUCUUGGCUUUUAUGCGGAAGCUUUGACGGAGGAUGGUACGAUAACAAACUCAUGUGGUCGCGUCAACAUCAUGGGCACUAUCGUCCAAGACGCAGCACCCUACUUGUUCCCCUUCAUUAUCGAGUAUAGCCUGAUCGGCGCGGCUGUGAUAUACGUCAUGUGGAAACACAUCGGUAGACACCCACGUUGGCCUCAUCAAGCGGAAGCUGAUCUCGAGCGUCGUCUGGAAGUCAUGCUCUCGAGAAGGGCGGUCGCCCUAGCUCAUGCAGGACAUGCCAGAGUGGACUGCGUCGGAGCAAGCAAGGGUCUAUUCUUUGGUCUGCUGCUACUGGUGGGUUCAUUGAUCUGUCUGAUACUCUUCUUCGUGCUGAUCCAUCACUCGGAACUUGGACUUUUGGCGAUUUAUCUGGCAGACGUUUCUCAUUGCGUACUUAUGGCAUUAUCGAUCGUCGCUAUAAUAGUCGGUUUUAUACGCGUACAAAGUCUCAAAUUCAAGGCAGAAGAACAGAGCGAUUUGAACGACAUACUAUUACGCGUAUCAGCAUUUGGAUUAUUCGUGUAUGCAGUAUUCAGCGUGAUCGCAGGUUCCCUAGCAGCGUUCACACACGAACCUAAUCUUCUGGUUAUGGUGACCGGUCUUCUCUCAGUCUCCCAGGUCGUUUUACAAAUGUUAUUCAUCGCUGACGUAUCACGCAGGAGGGUACAUUUACCUGAACACGAUCGAAGCAAACCAGGCCGUCAAGUGGUCACUUUCCUUCUCAUUUGCAACGUCACCAUGUGGGUCAUUUAUACUUUCGAGAUGCAAAAGGUCAUCGCUAAUCCCGUACAACUGGAUUUCUAUGGAUUCCUCGCUUGGGCAAUCGUACAGAGAGUUACCCUACCUCUGUGCAUCUUUCACAGGUUCCACAGUGCCGUUACGCUCGCUGAGAUCUGGAAAACCAGCUACAAGGCACGACUCGAGUAGGACAACGAGGAAUAUCACCUUGCUGGAUACGUUUUACGAUAUCGGUUAGAGAAAGAAGAAAGAGAUAGAGCAAGAGAAUAUCUGGAAAUGUAUUGGUAAAUGGACGGAGGGAAAGAAAGAAAGAGAGAGGGAGAGAAAGAGUGAAAUAACAACGUUCAUCAUCUCUCUUUCUCCCAUUCUCUUUUUCAAAACUAUAACGAUGGAUUAUCCUUCGAUCGAAAUUAUCCCUAAACCUAUCUGAAGCUAAGCUUCGCGAUAAGAAUUGUGUACCUUUGUGACUCGAAUUAAGGCUCGUUCCGAUUGGAACUCUUACUUUUCUCUUCUUUUCUAUUACUUUGAACGUAAAAAGAAACUUCCUCGAUCGAGUAUGCAACAACGAAUAUGAAAAUGCUUGCUUCUAUACGAAGACUAUUGGGAAAUAACAAAAGUGUGAAUAUAUAUAUAUAUAUGGAGGGAACAAAAAGGAUGGCAGAUAAUUUGAAACGUUCGAAUAGGAUUUUUAAAAGAAAUAUUUUUUUUUCUUCUUCUUCUUCUUCUUUUUUUCCUUUCUUUAUUUUUAUUUUUUUUUUUUUUUAUUUUUUCUUAAUCUACCAAAGAGCGAAGGAAUAUAAAAAAAAGGGAACAAACGAUGAUUAAUAAGAUCACGGUGAUAAAUGAAUGCCGAAUUGAAUAAAAAGACAACAAAAUAUUGAGAAUAACGAAUUUCCCUGUCUAUUUAAAAUCGCGUUUCUCACUUUUAACGAUCUCUACAUACUGCCGCCAAAUUUUUUCUACUUUUAUAUAUAUUAUAUAUGUACCUUCGUCAUUCAGCACCAAUGCCACUGAUACCACCACUACCAUUACCACUACUACUAUUACUAAUUCUAUUACUAUUACUAGUACUAUUUACUAAUACCGUUUACCACCAAUCAAAGCCCGUCAUGCAUCGAGAUUAUAUAGAAAACAUGAGAUAUAAAUAUAUAUAUAAAUAUUAUACACGAAUAUACAUACACGUAUAACUUUUAAUCUUGCGAUUUACAAUAUCGUUCGUAAUUAUCCAGUCAAAAUCGAAGCCGCUCUGUGAUAUAAAAACGACCUCGUUUUAAAUAUUAUUUUUUUUUUGUUUUUUGUAUUUUUCUUUUUCUUUCUUUGUAUAGAAUAUAACAAAAUUUGAUUUGUUUCUCUGAGGCGUAUUUAAUUAAAACAUACUCAAAGUUAUAAAAAAAAAUUAAUGAAUCUUUCGAAAGUAUUCGAAACGAUGCUCUCGGACUUUGUGAAAAAUUACGAAAAAGAAUAAGAGAAUUUUAUUAGAUGAAAUUUUUUGUAAAGUAGUUCAACGGAGAAGGUGGGUGGGUGGGAGGUAAACACACUCGAUGCAAGAAUAGGGUCAUUUAAAUGUUGCAUUAUGUUUGAACAAAAUUUAUCUUUUUUUUUUUUUUUUUUCAAAGAGAAACUAAAGGCAA